AUGUUGAUGCCGAGGAACUUGGUGUGUGCAACCGGGCCAAUCACAGAAGAGGAGGUGCUUUCGCUUGUGCAGCUCGAAGCAGAGCCACACAGUUCUGAUACUGCAGGAUGGAUUCCCAUUGGAUCGCCCGAGCUCAGUGUGGAGUACUGGCGUGACAUGCCAGGUGCCGCAGCCUCCGGCAUGUUCUUGCUGAGAAGUUUUCUGGUUCUUCCCGGCAUCUCACCAGCAAUCGCCAGCAAGUUCUUGCACGACGACUCUUCUAGGAAGAAGUGGGACCCCUCGGUGGAGACGCUUGAAGAUCCGGCGGACGAGGCCUAUGGCCAGUGUAACAGCGACAUUGUUUACUUCCGGGCAGAUGCGAAGUUGGGAGCACUGCCUUCUUGCUGCAUGUUGCAUCGCCGACGGAGACUGAGCCCUUGUGGCACCGCCUACUCAGCAUGGAUCUCGCGAGAUGUGGAGCAGGCACCUGCGACAGACGGCGCUCGCCCAUGGGCAGAGAGGCCACAAAGUCAGUUGCAACACUUCCGCCUACGGAGAGCCGUAGUGGGGCAUGUCGUUCGAAGUCAGGAGGAUGGAUGCCGCAUCUUCACCUAUGUUCAGAUGGAGGCAACCUCUAUGCUGAUGUCACUGGGGCCACAAGUAGCUCCGAAGCUUUUUCGAGGAAUGUGCGGCGACUUCUCCCAAGCCUGCCGCGCAGAAAUGGACAAGGAGCCGCCGGACAUUGACGGUGAAGUCUCGGACAACAUGGGUCGAUCGGACAGUGUUCAUGUUCCUCAGUUCUUUGACAUGUCAGCGGGUGACGAAACAGGCUCCACGGCUUCCGAAGCCGGCACCGGAGGCUCUGAGGCCUCGUCCCACUCGGCUGGCUUAGACUUCUUGGGCAUUGUGGAGAACAAGAAGCUC